AUGGAUGCGUGGCUCAUGAUCGUGUUCCAAGAUGUUCCUUGGCGGAGACCUAUGUUCAGCAGUGGAAUUGUAAGGGGCUGGAAUAGUGAUGACAAUGACGAUGAUGAUGAUGAAGAAGAUGAUGAUGAUGAAGAUGAUGAUGAUAAUGAAUUGAGUAUUGAUAAUGCACAUGAUCUGAAUCAGGGCUGGAAUAGUGAUGAUAAUGAGGAUGAUGAUGAUGAUGAAGAUGAUGUUGAUAAUGAAUUGAGUAUUGAUAAUGCACAUGAUCUGAAUCAGUAA